GCUUCUGCGCAAGGGAGGUGGGCUGGUGUUUUGGUGGGUUUGGACCUCUUGCUGCUGCCUUUCCCAAUCAAAAAGUUUGCUCCCACUGUAAGCCAACGGGUGUGUAUAAGUGACUCCCUUUUCUCUAUCACUGGCAGACCAAGCAGGGGAUGGUUCCUGCUCCUCUGGAUCAGAACCCGAGUCAUCUGGGUGCCUUCCGAGGAGGAUACGCGGCAUAGAUGCCUGGGCUCCUUGAGUCGUCAAGACCCUGCUGGCACUGACAGCUGCUCCUACCCGUGUCCAUGGAAACAGCUGUGGGCAGCCCAGGAGGGAGGUGGGAGCUGACAGUCUAGGGAGGAACCUGACUGACAAAGGACCUCACUCCACCAGCCUUCUCCGUGCUAGGCAGGGUGGCAGGCAGGUGGUGACCAGCACUGCGCCCGAGGAAGCCACCACUGCAGCCGGGCCUUUUGCGCUUUGCUCCGUUGCAUGGCAUCUUGCUUUCUGGAUCUUCCUGAUGCAAAAGACAGCAGAGACAGAAAAUCAAAACGACUGACAGCUCUGCAGCGGGGGAAGCGGGCCUGGCCUCCCACUAAGCAAGGUGGCAUCAGGGGAUUGCCCUGGCCCUCGCCGUUGGCCCCAACAGGAAGGACAGCAGACACAACCCCAGUGCCCGCCUUGGUUUGGGAAGCGGAGAGCCGUCAGUGGCGGAUGGGCGCUGCAAUUCAGCAAUUUCCUUUGGGAGCCUGUCGGUCUUAGAACACGGUUUUAAGAAGGAAAGGCAUCCAUCUGUGUUUGCUGGGUUUUCUAGCAACUUGUUGAAAAGAGAAAGCCAGCGCCUGCCUGUCUGUCCAUUUCUGCAGCUCUGGGCUUGCCAGGAUUUGGCUUGGAAGUGGGCCUUGGGGGCUGCACAGGACGAGAUCUCUCACAGGCUGAAGUACAACAGGGCAACAGUGGAACCCCACCCUGGACACCACAAUGGCAGGUGUCUGCGGCUGUUGUGGAGCUUUGCGUCCCCGUUACAAGAGGCUGGUUGACAAUAUUUUCCCAGAGGAUCCAGAGGAUGGGCUGGUGAAAACGAACAUGGAGAAGCUGACCUUCUACGCCCUCUCCGCUCCUGAGAAGCUGGACCGCAUCGGCGCCUACCUGUCGGAGAAGCUGAUCAGAGAUGUCAGCAGGCACCGCUAUGGGUAUGUCUGCAUUGCGAUGGAAGCCUUAGACCAGCUACUGAUGGCCUGCCACUGUCAGAGCAUCAACCUCUUUGUGGAGAGCUUCCUGAAAAUGGUGGCCAAGCUCCUGGAAUCAGAGAAGCCUGACCUGCAAAUCCUCGGCACCAACUCGUUUGUGAAGUUUGCAAACAUCGAGGAAGACACCCCCUCUUAUCACAGGAGCUACGACUUCUUCGUCUCUCGCUUCAGUGAAAUGUGCCACUCUAGCCACGAUGACUUGGACAUCCGGACAAAGAUCCGGAUGUCCGGCAUAAAAGGACUGCAAGGGGUGGUGCGGAAGACUGUGAAUGAUGAGCUGCAGGCCAACAUCUGGGACCCUCAGCACAUGGAUAAGAUUUUGCCUUCCUUGCUCUUCAAUCUUCAGCAUGCAGAGGAAACGGAAAGCCGUUCUCCGUCUCCCUUGCAAACGACCGAGAAGGAAAAAGAAAACCCUGCGGAGCUCGCUGAGCGGUGUCUGCGGGAGCUGCUGGGCCGGGCCGCUUACGGCAAUAUCAAAAAUGCCAUCAAGCCAGUCCUCAUCCACCUGGACAACCACACGCUGUGGGAGCCAAAGAUGUUUGCGAUCCGAUGCUUUAAGAUCAUCAUGUACUCGAUUCAGCCUCAGCACUCCCACUUAGUGAUCCAGCAGCUUCUCAGCCACCUGGAUGCCAACAGCAAAAGUGCCGCCACUGUGCGGGCCGGGAUCGUGGAGGUCCUGUCGGAAGCAGCCGUCAUCGCAGCCUCUGGAUCAGUUGGGCCAACAGUGCUGGAGGUAUUCAACACCCUCCUGAGGCAGCUGCGCCUGAGCAUUGAUUACGCCCUGACAGGCAGCUAUGAUUGCGCCAUCGCCGGUGGCACCAAGAUCAUCAAGGAGCACGAAGAGCGGAUGUUCCAGGAGGCUGUCAUCAAGACCACAGGUUCCUUUGCCAGCACCCUGCCCACCUAUCAGAGGUUGGAGGUCAUGCUCUUUAUCAUGGGCAAAGUCCCACUUCCUUCUCUGCACCACCCUCUAGACACGGGCAAAGCUGGGGAGAAUAGGAAUCGCCUGACGCAGAUCAUGCUGCUGAAAUCACUCCUCCAGGUGUCUACCGGUUUCCAGUGCAGUAACAUGCUGACAGCCCUCCCCAGCUCUUUCCUGGACAGGCUCCUGUCAGCGGCUUUGAUGGAGGAUGCGGAGAUCCGCCUCUUUGUCCUCCAGAUUCUCAUCAGCUUCAUUGACCGCCAUGGGAACAAGCACAAGUUCCAGACGAUCAGCACCAUCAGCGACAUCUCAAUCCUGAAGCUGAAAGUGGAUAAGUGUUCCCGCCAGGACACAGUCUUCAUGAAAAAGCACUCCCAGCAGCUCUAUCGGCACAUGUAUUUGACCUGCAAGGAGGAAAACAAUGGGCGCGCUCACUACGAGGCCCUCUACAGUCUGCUGGCGCUCAUCAGCAUUGAGCUGGCCAAUGAGGAGGUGGUGGUGGACCUCAUCCGGCUGGUGCUGGCCAUGCAGGAAUUGGCCCAGGUCAAUGAGGAUAACCUCUCGCUCUACAGCCGCUGCGCGCUGUACGCCCUUGGAGCCGCCUACCUGAACCUGAUCAGCCAGCUGACCACCGUGCCCGCCUUCUGCCAGCACAUUCAUGAGGUCAUAGAGAUGAGAGAAAAGGAAGCCCCAUACCUGCUCCCCAAAGGCGUGUUUGCAGAGAAGCCCAGGUUGUCAAGGAACCUGGACCACCUGGGCCCCGAGAUCCUCUUCCGCCAAAGCAAGAUCAGCGAGGUGCUGGGAGGCAGCGGCUACAAUUCUGACAGGCUCAGCACGCCUUAUAUCCCCCAGCUGACAGAUGAAGACAGGCUGUCAAAAAGGAAGAGCAUUGGAGAGACCAUCUCCCUACAAGUUGAAGUAGAGUCCAGAAAUAGCCCCGAAAAAGAGGAGAGAGCACCUGCCGAAGAGAUCACGUAUGAAACACUGAAGAAAGCGAUUGUGGACAGCGUUGCUGUGGAAGAGCAAGAAAGGGAGAGGAGACGGCAGGUGGUUGAGAAGUUCCAGAAAGCUCCCUUUGAAGAAAUCGCCGCUCACUGUGGUGCCCGGGCAACUCUACUCCAGAACAAGCUCAACCAGAUCUUUGAGAUCACUAUACGUCCCCCUCCAAGCCCGUCUGGUACCAUCACGGCCGCCUAUGGCCAGCCGCAGAGCCACUCCAUCCCAGUGUACGAGAUGAAGUUCCCGGACCUGUGUGUGUACUGAGGGGCCCGACUGCAUGCCAGGACAAAGCCGCGGCUCGAAUCGUCAUUUGGAACCACGUGGAAUGUGAUUGUGCUCCCCACAUGAGCCAAAGUGGAGGCGCCCCCUUGGACCACCUUCUGAGCGAGAUGGACAGAGGCACCCCGUUACAACUCUGCACACUCCCAAGAAUACUUUUGCUUGUUUCCUUCCUUCCUUCCUUUGUGCUUGACUAGUUUCCCAUCAUGCAAAAGCCACAGCGAGCAUCCAGGCAGCCUUUGACAGACAGUGGGAGGAAGCGGGAGGGGGCUUUUUCAGCUUUCCUUUUUUAAAAGCUGUUUUCAAAGCGGUUGUGUAGUAGUAUUAUUUUUGAAUGGUUGGAUGUUUUCUGUCUCCAGCGUGUGUUGAUAAUCCAUCAUAUAAAGUGAAUCUGUU